CGUGACGCCGUAGUGACCGGUGAGCGGACCUCCAUCGACAUCACCACGAUUAUUCAGCACGAGCCGCACCACGAGACCUUCACGCUGCCGUCCUUAGCCAAGGAGGACGCAGCCGACAGUACGGUGGUAGCCGCGGCGGGGAGAGUAGGAGGAGGAGUAUCAGGCGACGUCAUAGGGGGCCCAGGCGGCGGGUGCCGCGCUACCUCGAUGACGAUGGCCGAGAGUGCCGUGGAGGACGCUGCCGCAGCGCCGCCCGGACCGGCGAAGCCACCACCGCCCUCCUGCACGAACAAUAACACCCUCGCGGCGACGGCUAAUCGUAACCACCACCACCGCACCCUAUCCUCCUCGUCUACCUCGUCCCAGCCCCGGAAGCGAAAGCGCCUCUCCCAAGUGCUCGACAUUCUGCAGCAACACCGGGGUGGGUCGCCCCUCGACUCGGCCAAACACUGCGCCAAUAGCCAGGCCGCCGCGAGGUACGACGGCAAUGGGGCCCUACCUUCCGAGGGCGAAGACGAGGACGUCUUUAGCUCACCAAGAUCGACCUCGAGGUCGACUCUAGAGAGUCCGGGGCCGCUCACUAGCCUCCCGACCCUCAGGCCCAAAGAGGAGCGGGAAGUGGAACCCCCGAAGCAACGUCACAAUCACAGCGGCCAGCGUCGCAACAACAGUCGCCAUCGAGGCAACGGCCACCGCCACAGCAGCGGUAACAGCAACGGCAAUGCCAACGCUAAUCCCAACAACGGCAAUCACCACCAUCACAACCGUAACAACAACAGCAACAUACCACCACCGAUCUACACGGGCUGCAGCUGCCUGCACUGCUCCACCUCCCCCAUCGUCAUGCCCUCGCCAACCUCGCCCCUCACGCCUCUCACGCCGCUGAGCUUCGCGCCCCUCGCCCCGGUCUCGCCCUCCUCCAUCAGCUUCGAGCACUACCUGCACACCAAGUACCUGCCCAGCCUCACUCGUAACCGCAGCCAUUCGGACUCGGACGAGCCCAGCUGGGAGCAUCACCAGAGCCAGGGCCAGCGUCCGGCCUCGUCGAUAUCCAUCUCCUCGCUCAUGGGACACCUGCCGCGCUGUGGCUCCCUCGACUCCGAGACGACGGCCAGCCCGCAGGACUCGCCCCUCGAUCUGUCGAUGAAGGGCCUCCUGGCCGCGGGAAUGGUGAGGCCACCAGCGCUCCAGCUCCUGCCCCCGGGCCUCGUCUCCCGAGGCUCGGUAAGCGUACCCGUCGUACGCGGCGACGUCGCCUCCCCGACGACCAAGGAGAGCGUCGCUGUUAGAUAUAACCUUGAGGUCUCGCCGGUCGUAGAGGAGAUGCCGCCGGGGGCUGACGUCGCCUACGUCUGCCCGGUCUGCGGCCAAAUGUUCAGCCUCCACGACAGGCUGGCCAAACACAUGGCCUCGAGGCACCGGCGCCAAGGCGCUCAGGACUCCAGCGCCAAGGCCUACCUCUGCGACGUUUGCAAGCGCAGCUUCGCAAGGUCGGACAUGCUCACGAGGCACAUGAGACUGCACACGGGCGUUAAGCCGUACACCUGCAGGGUAUGCGGCCAGGUCUUUAGCAGAUCCGACCAUCUCAGUACGCACCAGCGCACCCACACUGGCGAGAAGCCCUAUAAGUGCCCGCAGUGCAUUUACGCGGCUUGCCGGAGGGACAUGAUCACCAGGCACAUGAGGACUCACUCGAGGUACCUCGACGUCCAAACGCCCAAGCAGGAGCCCAAGUCAGAGAUGCCCGAGAGUCCGACCGGCUUCAGCAAUGGGCAGCAGGCGCCCGUCAUUAAGACCGAAUGACGCUUACCCGCUGGAUGAUUAGCUGGACCCAAGUUCCAUUGGCCUUGGCUCACCGGCUCUCCCAAACUCAGGCAAAUCGGAGAAUGGGAUCGGAUUGAGCGAGACACAUAGAAAUAGAUAGAGAUGGAUAGAUACGUAUGAAGAUGGAUGG